AUGACUGUAUUUGUUAGUGACAGGUGGCUGUUGAAGUCCUUCAUUGUCAGUCCUGUGGCCGACACCAAUGUGAUUGAGGAACCACUUCCCCCUAACUGUGUUUUACAGCAUCCAAAGUACCAGCAUCUGAUCAUCCUGGAUGUUGGAAACAGUGCUCAAGUGCAUGCAGCUUUCUUGGUGCACCUGGAUCUUGCUGAACUAAAGUGUAAAGACGUGAGUUGUGUGGGGUGCUCUGAGCUGCGACUGGUGUUGCCGGAGGGAAGGGAGAAGGUUGGAAAAGCCCAGACGGUGCCCCCACUACCUGAACACAGAGGCCUGAGCCACAGAAAUAUGCGGUCAGUGCUGGUCAGAGGGUCGACCAUGCUGCUGUAUGUGGUGGCACCUGACUCCAGCCUGGUGUACCAGAGGAUGUGUGACGGCCUGCUGACCCCUCUACUAACCGUGGGCAUCCAGGACCAGGGCCGCCGGCAGCACCGCAAGAGACGCCAGCAGGAGUGAACUGCAAGAGAACCAAAGUGACUAUAGAAGUGACCGCUGCGUUCUCAUUAUUCAUUCUGCAACGAACCACAGGAGACAGGGAUCGUUAGUAGACGGCUAUGGUCUGGUAAUGAACACUGCAGUGACCAGAAGUGAACCACAGACUGACUGGCAGGCUGUUGUGGUCUCGUAAUGAUGAACCAAAGUGCACCUGGGAGAUUAUUGUUGAGAAUUUGCCAGUGUUUUCCCUACCUCAAAUUUGUCAGGGAGGGCCUCCCUAGCCUAGCUUUCAUUGCUUCCUACCUGAACUGUUUUUGGGAACCCGGGCAUAGCAACUUUGAUAGGGUCAACAGCUAGCCUACCAGACCUUUACAUCAACAACAUAGCUCAGGCAGUAGGAAGCUCUCUCAUCCAUUUAUAUGCAGAUGAUAGUCUUAUACUCAGCUGGCCCCUCCCCGGAUUUUGUGUUAAACGCUCUACAACUAAGCUUUCCUAGUGUCCAACAAGCUUUCUCUGCCCUUAACCUUGUUCUGAACACCUCCAAAACAAAGGUCAUGUGGUUUGGUGAAAACGCCCCUCCCCCCACAGUUGUGACUAC